AUGAUGAAAAAUGCGUCUGCUGUCGCUACCGACCCCUCGCUCCGAAACAACGUAAAGCUGCCUGCCAUGAACAACCCUGGCCUCUCUGUCAACACCAAAGCAGGCCCCCUACCCUAUAUUUUUGUUAAGUCCCCAGUGACUGGCCUUUCCAUCCCCAGUCCUCCAACAAAGAGUCAUUUCAAGUGUUUACCUGAUAACGUUGUGGCAGUGGAGGCGAGCGACCCUGUCGCCAUCAAAAAGUUCAUCAAAAACCCGGCACUUAUUGUCGACAUACGGCCUUACAACAACUACUCCAUUUCUAGGUUGGAAAAUGCCCAUAAUAUUUGUAUUCCCACAACUCUCUUGAAACGACCUACCUACGACUUGCUGCAUGUCAUCAGCACCACUGCAUUGCCCAAGGAUAUCAAGGAACGCAUUACCAGUUGCCAAGAGCCAACCAACGUCUUGGUUUACGAUGCCAGUAGCACCGAAAAGAACGUUUCGUUUGGCUUGUACCAGACAAUACAAAAAUUUUUGAAGCACGAGUGCUUCACUGUGGGGUUUCUCAAUGGCGGGUUUCAGCAACUCCACGAGCUGCUUCGGGAUAGCUCCCUGGUGCUGUCUGACACGACGCCCGUCUCACCAGACCCUCCGCUGACAUCUCUGGAGGUUAGCAAGCUCGAGUCUGGCAGUAAGGAUUCGUUUGUUUCUUCUCCUGGAAACGACUCUAGCAGAGAAAGCUCUCCGUUUCUUUCCGGAUUCACACUCCCGUCCGCCACAACUGCAAACCAAAAAAUGCUCAUGUCAAUCAAGAAAACGCUUCCCAAGCUCGAUACUACGACAACCUAUACCUACAAGCUUCGGCUUCCGGAGGGAUUUGAGGAACACAUGCAUAAAUUACCCAAGUGGCUUUCUUUUUUUGCCGAAGAGUAUGGUUCUGAUAGGUAUAACGAAAAAGUUCUGGGCAUCUUGAGUGAAAAGUUCAAUAGACUUGAAAAAUCAGAGCAAGUGCGUCUCAGCAUGGCAAUAUCCAAUACCAGCCACGAAAACAAAGAAGACAAAGAGAGCAAGGAGAGCUCUAUAGCAAACGCGCUUUCUCCAGGCGUCCAUUUGCGUCUACACUCUGGCACUGGCAGUGGAUACUGCUCGCCGUCUGCUCCAUGCCCGUACUGUGACAAGAUUCACUAUACUAUACCCAAGGGUGUGGAAUACGGAUACAAAAAUCGGUACAACAACAUAUGGCCAUACGAACAUUCGCGAGUGAAGCUCAUUUCGUCUCCCUCUUGUACCACACCAAAGAAAGAGCUCUCGGAUGACUACUUUAAUGCAAAUUACAUCAAGUUUAAGAAGCUAGCACAAAGGGAAUACAUUGCCACGCAAAGCCCCUUGGAGUCAACGCAGGAAGACUUUUGGAACACUGUCUGGUACAACGGAGUGAAGGGGGUUGUUUGCCUUAAUAAACCAUCGGUGUUUGCACCAAAGACUUAUUAUGAAGAAGACCAAUAUUUCGAGAAAAGCCGUCUUUCCGUCAAGAUCAAAGGCGUAGAGGAGGAGAAAGGCUUUGCAGUACGCAAGAUGGAGAUGGAAAAGCAUGGAAAGCGUCGUUACGUGUAUCACUUUGCAUAUACCGAGUGGCCCGAUUUCGGGGUUCCUGACAACUUUGAUACUGUGUCAAGAUUGUUAAAGGCGAAAAACGAAAAAAUUGAGCUCUUGAAGGAUCAAAAGCCCCCAACGUCAGAAGUCAGCAACGCCCUAGACUUACUUGUUCACUGCUCAGCUGGAUGCGGACGAACGGGCUGCUUCAUCACGCUAGACAUGGUGAAUGAGUGCUUUGCUCAUGCAAACAGCGAGACGUAUGAUCCAUGGGGAAGCAAAGACCUCAUUUUUAAAGCUGUGCAGUUGCAGCGGCAGCAGCGGAUUGCCAUGGUGCAAACGCUCGACCAGUUUAUUUAUUGCUACGAGAGCAUCCUACACGAAAUCAUCAAUUCCAUGAGGAGUUCAAGUUCUUCAGGAGACUAA